UCUACUUCAUAUUUGUAUAGGUGUGUUGUUGGCGAGUGUGAUGACAUUCAUAGACCGAAACCCACCACGCAGCCCCAUUUUUUUGUUAUUGAGUCCCACCCCCGCAGCCUUCGCUUUCAUCUACCGCCUCUCUCCCUCCCCUUUCCUGCUUCCUUCUCCUACUCCUACUCUCAUUUUCCAUUAUCAUCUGCACAUUAAACCAUUACCCAUCUUUAAUCCAAUCUUAUUUUCAUAUUUACUACCAACCCAAAUGGCUUAAUCCAACUAUUAGAUUCGGUUUAUACAAAAUCUAAGCCCCCCAUGUCCCCUUCAUUUCUUUUCUUUAUUCCUAUCUCUUUCUUUUUCACCUUUCAAUCCUAAUAUCUUACCCAUUAAUUCUUCUUCUUCUUCCUCUUUUUCAGUUCCAUAUUCAUAGAUCCAUCAUUGAAUCAAAAUUCCCCAAAAUAGAAAGAUAUUCUGAUUCUGUACUUUCCCAAUUUAGCUUAUGGAUUCUUAUAUGGAAACCCAGUUUCUUAAUCAUAAUCAUCAACCACAACAACACCAAAAUUCUGGGUUAUUAAGAUUUCGUUCUGCACCCAGUUCUCUGUUCAAUGAAUUCACACAAAAUUCCAGUGAUUCUGGUAAAUUUAAUGGGAGAAUUAGUGAUGAAUUUGGUGAAUCAUAUGAAAAAAAACCUCAAAGAUUGGAUUCUUUAAGUGGGUUUUUAAGUUCAGCUCAAAUGGUGGGUUGUGAACAGAGUAAUACUCCUAAUACCCAAUUAAAUUUACCUCCUCAAUAUCCAAAGCAAAAUCAUGUUAGUAUAUCUUCAUCAAUCGAAACUUCAAAUUCUAUGAGACAAGGAAAUUGUGGUUUGAAUCUUAAUCGCCAAAAUAGUUCCCCUGCUGGAUUUUUCAAUCAACUUAAUACCCAAAAUGGGUACACCAUCAUGAGGGGCCUCGGGAACUUCAGAGUAGGCAACGGUGUAAAUGGUGAAUCUAGUCCUCGUACGAGUAGGUUAAAUAAGAGCCAUUUGCCUAGAAUUCCAGAGCUAGGGAACGAAAAUAUCAAAGAUUCACGUCCAGAUGGAGAUGCCGGGUUUGACAGUAGUUCAGCUGGAUACUCCUUUGUUUCUUGGAAUGAUUCGACAUCUGAUGCAUCUCGUCUUUCCGAGAAUAGUGGGCUCUCAAAUCGCCCUGCAUUGUCGCACCAUAUGAGCUUGCCUAAGACAUCGGCUGAGAUGGCUGCUGUCGAGAAACUGCUACAUUUUCAAGACGUGGUUCCUUGUAAGGUCAGAGCGAAAAGGGGUUGUGCAACACAUCCUAGAAGUAUUGCUGAGAGGAUGAGAAGAAACAGGAUCAGUGAACGGAUGAGGAAAUUACAAGAACUAGUUCCAAAUAUGGACAAGCAAACCAACACAGCAGAUAUGCUGGACUUCGCUGUUGAUUACAUCAAAAACCUUCAAAAUCAAUACAAGGUUUUGAGCGAUAUUCGAGCCAAGUGCAAAUGUGUAAGGUAGAUCGGAAACUUUCGAAAGCCUAGCAUAGUGAUCAGUUACCACGCGGGUAUGUGAUUAGAUUGUAGAUUAAGAGGCAGCCGCGGCAGGAGCAAUAUGGCAAUCUUGUACACACAUAAUAUAUAGGAAAUGUGGAGUGUACUUCAGGUUCUUUUUGUUCUUGUCCAAAGGAUAAGGAGAAUGUUUGAAUGCCUUGUUAGCAGUGUAGAUUUUUGUUAAAUUAUUGUUGCCCAUGCUAUGAAGGAAAAAGAGAGAUCUCAGAAACUUAUUAAGUACUCUGUAUACAAACCAGAAAAUUUCCCUACUUGGGAUUCACAAUGCAUCUCAAUAAUAGAGCUUUUUGAGUACAUUUUUUCUA